UGCUUUUCUUUUUACCACCAUUCCUCUUAAGCACACAAAACGAGGGUUGCCUUCUCUUCUUCUCUGUAUCAGCUUUUGCAGAUUCCUCGCUCUCUGUAUUUGCUUUCUGUGCAUUUUCCAUCAUUUCAGUUUGUUUCUCUCUCUCAUUCUCACUGUACAAAAUCUACCCUUUUUGAAGUUCUGUGACUGAUACGCUUCAGGGCCUUACUUGCAUUCAUUGCUUUCAAUAAAUAAUCUUUCAGGUUUCCGUUAAUGGCUUGAUUUUUGUGACUUCCCAACUACUCCUCUUUCCUCUAAAACAGCUACUUGCUCUGCUAUUACCCUGUUUUGUUUUCUUCAUUAAGAAAAAGUAUGUUGAAAGUUUUCUUCUUCAUUUUCAUUUUUCAUUGCCCAGGUAUUGUCUCUCUCUUGUAAUUAAAGCUUUAUUCAAGUGGGUUUUUUGUUUCUUGGAGUAAAACCCUUUUGUGCUCUUGUGGCUUGGAAAAGUUUUUUUUUCUGUUUUUGCUCUAUUUCUUGACCAAGGCUGUGUGGUUUUCAGGUGAAAGGUUUUAGCUUUUUCAUGUUCCUUCUGUGUCUUUCGCUUCCUUAGACUCUUGGGUCUUUCCAAGUGUGGUUCUUAGAGACGUGUUGCAUUUGUAGUGCAAAGUUUGGUUUCUGUGGAAGCCAUUGCCUCAUUUGAAGAGAUUCUGUUGACAGGCUUGAGAAAUGGAGUUAAUUUUAUGAACUGGGUCUUAAUAUUUUGGCUCAAAAAUGGGUUCUGCAGGCUCCAAAGUAGACAAAACUGAACCUUUGGCUCUGUGCAAGGAACGGAGGAAGUUCAUAAAGCAAGCGAUUGAUUCAAGGUACAAUCUUGCAGCAGCUCAUGUUUCCUACAUAAACUCUCUUAAAAACUUUGGUGUGGCUCUCCGACGAUUCGCUGAAGCAGAGGUUUUGAUAGAUUCUUCUCUAUCAACAACCUCAGCUACUGAGCUUGACAAGUCUCCAUCACAUUCCUCGUACCUCUCUCCCUCUCCCUCUCACAAUGCAGAGGUCUCAGAUUCACCAUUGCACUUUGAGAGUCCUAUUUCACCACCAGUGAUGAACAUGAGUUAUAUGAGAGCUGGUGGAGGUGGUAAUGCAGUGACUGUUCAGUUUAAUUUGAAUAAUAGCGGUGGUUUUGUAGAGGAUGAGACAUUGGGGUUCUCUAUGCCAAUGCCGCCGCCGCCACCUCCUUUUGAGUUAGCUGGUUCAUGGGAUUUUUUUUAUCCGAGCGAUAAUGGUGAGAGUUUUAGACUUGUUAGGCAUAGUGAGUUGGAUAUGGAUUUUGAUAAUAUGAGUGGGUGGAGUGAGUUUGGGGGUGAAAAGGUUGGUGUUGAACAAAGUGUGGUAGAUGCAAAAGGAAAAUGGACAAAAGUUGGUUUAGACGGAAAGAGUCAAGUACAUGAAGAAACUCUGACGCCUGGUGUGGAGCAUAAGGGGGUUGAAAGUUCUGGUAAUUCGUUAACUCAAAAUGGCAGUUAUAACUCUAGAGUGAAAGGCACUGCCCCCUCGUUUGAAUUGAGAGGAGUUGAAGGUUCUAGUAGACAAGAAUUUGUUGGUCAAGUCAGGCAUGUAGAAGAGGGGCAAAACGCCAGUGUUUCCACUCUUGAACAAUCAGGUUCAAAGAGAGAGAAAGCAGUAGCAGUGAACAAUUUGUCUACAGAAAGAGAGGAUCCAUCGGAGUUCAUUACGCAUAGAGCUAAGGAUUUUCUUGCAAGCGUAAAGGAUAUAGAGCAUCGCUUCUUUAGAGCAUCUGAAUCUGGGAAGGAGGUCUCCAGAAUGCUUGAGGCAAACAAUAUCAGGGUUGGAUAUUCUGAGGCAAAAGGAGGGUCAUCUGCCUCUGCAAUUUUGGUGGCUGUAAAAUUUGUUUGCUGUCGUGGAAAGACUGCACUUGUUUCUCAUGAACCUGUUGAACAUAUGACUAAGAUCAUUACAUGGAAACGGACAACAUCUUCGAGGUCAUCUUCAUCAAGAAAUCCUCUUGUCACGGCAACAAAAGAUGAUGCCUCAGAUAGUGGUAGUGAUUUUGUUGAAGAGUUCUGCAUGAUUGCAGGGAGUCAUUCCUCCACCCUUGACAGACUGUAUGCAUGGGAAAGAAAACUCUAUGAUGAAAUAAAGGCCAGUGAAUCUAUCAGGAGAGAGUAUGAUCGGAGGUGUGACCAGCUUAGACACCAGUUUGCCAAAGAUCAAAGUGCUAAUGUGAUUGAUAAAACCCGUGCAGUUGUAAAGGAUUUACAUUCACGCAUAAGAGUGGCAAUUCACUCUGUAGAUUCAAUAUCGAAGCGGAUUGAGAAAAUGAGGGAUGAAGAGUUGCAGCCGCAACUUCUAGAAUUAAUUCAAGGGUUGAUCAGGAUGUGGAAGAACAUGCUUGAAUGCCAUCAUGCACAGUACAUCACAAUCUCAUUAGCAUACCAUUCAAGGAGUGUAACAGGAACUCCACAAGGAAAUACCCGUAGGCAGAUUAUGGCUCAGCUCCAGCAGGAGGUUGAGUGCUUUGGCUUAAGCUUUGCAAACUGGGUUAACAGCCAUGCAUCCUAUGUGGAAGCUCUAAAUGGGUGGCUGCAAAAUUGCAUCCUGCAACCACAGGAGCGUUCCAAGAGUAGGAGGCCAUUCUCCCCUCGCCGACUCUUGGCACCACCUUUAUUUGUUCUCUGUCGUGAUUGGUCAGCUGGGAUCAAAGGUUUGCCAUCUGAAGAACUUAAUAAUGCCAUCAAAACCCUCCUAUCUGAUUUGUACCACCUAAUGGAACAAGAAGAAGAGCAGUUACACAAGGAAGAGAAAGUAGUUGAUGUAAAUAAUGGAGAAUCAGGGGGGAAAGAGAAUGACAGGAAUGAUGAUGUGGCCUCGAACAUGUACUGCAUACACGCCAGUUUGACAAAGGUUCUUGAUAGACUGAACAAAUUUUCUGAGGCUUCAUUGAAAAUGCACGAGGACAUCAGACAGAAAACUGAAGCAGCUCGAGUAGCGUACUCGAAUUGCAGGCCACUUAGGUGUUAACUAUUAUGUAAUUAGAACAUAUAAGCUUUCUAAGUUUGUUGUUGGAAAUAGAAACUUGUAAAUGCAAAGUGGUUCCAAAGCGCUUUCGAGAAGGUAUAGAAUAUUUCUUGUUUUGGAGUAAAUUUGCAACUGGAGAAGCGCUUCUUGUUAUACUCCUAGCAACACUGUUCUGUAGUUGAAGCUGUUGACUGCUUGCAACUUCUUUUUUCUGCUGUUUCUGCCAAGUUCCAAAUUGCCUCACCUUGGUUGAGGUGUGUUAAAAGAAAGUGAAGGUUAAUCAAGUUCAUUGCCUCAA